UUCAAUCGUGUUUAUGCUGCCAACGGCUCUAGACGCAAUUAGCAACGUGGUACGUGUCGAUUUAAUUCCCGUGUUGAGAAAAUUUCAAGCAAAAUCAAAACAAAAACAAAUAUUUUGAAAAAUUUAUUUUUUGAAAGAAAAAAGUGCAAUUUUCUUUAAAACGCAGUUUUGUGCGGUAAAUUCAUAUUACAUAUAAAAUAUUGCGAAAUUCGUGUGUUUGGAAAGUCAAUUUCCUUUUGCAGCAACAGCAACAACAACAAAACCAACAACGCCCAUAUAACUAGACCGCCCACGCAAUAAAUUGCGACGAAUUUUUAGCGAGCGAAACAGCGCAAAUCAAAGCGAGACAAUUUUCGCAUUUUUGUGAAAUUUUAACUGCAACCGCAACAACAAAAACAACAGCAACGAGAUGUUCAGCUCAUUCACAGCAUCCCUUAAGAGCUUGGGCGACAAGACCGCCAACCUUUUCAGCCGCAAGAAGGAAGAUGUUGAGAAAUUGGCUAAGGAGAAGGCCGACAAUGCCGCCAAAAUGGCUGAGGAGCAGGCUAAGGCUGUAGGACAAUCGGUGCAACAGACCAAGAGUGAGGCGGAGAACUUGGCGGCCAGUGCCGCUAAGGAAGCCGCCGAUUUGGCCGCUGCUGAAGCUCAAAAGGCCGGUCAGGCUGUCAACGCUGGCGUAAGCCAAGCUCAGGCCGCCGUUGACAACUCGAAACAAGCCAUCGAUAACACUGUGCAACAAGCCAAUGCUGUGGCCGCAAAUGCCAAGCAAGUGGCUGCCAAUGUGGCUGAAGCUUCACAGAAGGCUGCUGCCAAUGCCGUCGAUCAAACCAAAAAGGCCGCUAACGAUGCGAUCAACAAGAGUGUCAAGGCUGCCGAACAGACAGUCGAAACGAAAAUGAAGGAAGCCGAGAACGCUAUCGAUGGCGCUGUCAAGCAGACCAGCCAAGCAGUUGAUCAGAAGAUGAACGAGGCCAAUCAAUAUGUCAGUCAUAAGCGUGAGGAUUUGGAGAAGACCCUCCAUGACGGCGCAGUGAACGCACAGGAGUCAGCCGGUAACCAGGCUGCCAAUCUGCUCGGCAAACUCCACAUCGGCAAGUAGAGCGGAGCGCAAGCAAUUUAUUUUUUAUACGUCGGCAAGCAGAGAGAAGCGCGGAGAGCACGAAUUGGCGGUGCGAAGAGUUGGAUAGAAGAAGGCGUUAGAAGUUUAGUUAUAUAAUUUGUAAUAUGUGGCAGUUUUUAAUUAAGCAGAAAAAAGAAAAUGAAGAAAAUAUAAAAUAAUAAUAUAAAAAGAAUGUCCGCUACUUGAGCAAGCAUUACAAACCAACAAAAUUGGGUAAAGUAAAUACAAAAAUUUACUAAGAAAUAUUUAGCUCAAGUAAAAUUUGUUAAAGAGCGCGCUAAAAUAAUUAGAUACAUGCAGCGCUUGCGGUUUGAAGCGCGCGCAGCCUGAGGGAUAUUCUAAAAUUUUGCAAAAAAAAAAGAGGAAAAUCAAGUAACAAGUGCCAGUUUUGUGAUCGUAAAGUCGAAAGAUAUUUUUCAAAAAUGCCUACAUAGUUAAAUAUAUGGAAAAUGCAUAUUUACAGUUAUAGAAGUAGUGAACAGGAACUGCAAAGAUUUCAUUAAACUAUUUACAAGAAAAAAAUAUUUACAUAUAUAGUGUGUAAAAACAGUUAUUCAACUUGGUAACACUGAAAAAUGGGAAUUAUAUAUAUAAAUACUCGUAAAUACAACAAGCACUGCUCCUUAAUUAGCAAUUCAAAAAAAAUAUUUAAAAAUUAAAAAUAGUUAUGAAAAAAUUGAAAUUUUAAAUGUGCGAAAGCUAAGCUGUCCAUAUACAUAUGUGUGCGUAGGUUGAGUAAAAAUUAAAAAAAAAAAAUAUUGAAAAAAAUUUCGAACUCAAAUAUUUUGCAAGAAAAUAAAAACUGAAUAUUUUUGAAGUAAAAGAAAAAAUUGUUUAAUAUUAAAACUUAAAGCUAAAGCUGUUUUUUAGCAAUUUUGUAUUUAAAAAAUUAAAUUUUUUUUCAAAACUUAUUUUCGAAAAUAUUUCGAAAACAAAAUUUGAUUGAUAAUAGCUAAAGCGAUUUUGGUGUUUUAAAAUUUAAAAAAUUCCAAAAAAUUGUGUUUCAAAUUUUGUUUUUCAAUAUUUAUUUUCGAAAAGAAAUUUCGAACUCAAAUAUUUUGCAAUAAAAUCAAACCUGAAUAUAUUUGAAGCAAAAAAAUAAAAUACGUUUUAAAAUUAAUUUUUAAAGCUAAAGCUAUUUUUGAGUACUUUUGUAUUUAAAAAAUUGAAAAAAAUGUCUUUAAAAAUUUAUUUUUCAAAACUUAUUUUUGAAAACUUUACACAUUUCGCUGAAAAUAGCUAAAGUAAUUUGUAGUAAAGUAAUUUGUGUUUAAAAAAUUUGAAAAAAAUUUGUUUCAAAAUUUUUUUUUGAAAAUGAUUUUCAAAAAAUAUUCGAACUCAAAUAUUUUGCAAGAAAAUCAAAACUGAAUUUAUUUGAAACAAAAAAAAUAUCUUUUUAGUAUCACUUCUUAAAGCUUAAACUAGUUUUGAACAUUUUUGUAUUUAAAAAAUUAAAAAAAAACGUUUCUAAAUUUGUUUUUCGAAACUUAUUUUCAAAAAUAAAAUUAAUGGAAAAUAACUAAAGCCAUUUUACAAUUUUUGUAUUUAAAAAUUAAAAAAAAAAAAAUAUUGUGUUUCAAAAUUUACUUUUCAAAAUUUAUUUUCGUAAAUAAUUUCGAAUCAAAUAUUUUGCAAGAAAAUCAAAACUAAAUUUUUUAGUUAUGUUGGUAUUUUUGCAUUAACAUAAAUUAAAAAAAAACAUUGUGUUUCAAAAUUUGUCUUUCAAAACUUAUUUUCGAAAAUAAAAUUAAUCGAAAAUAACUAAAGCCAUUUUACUAUUUUUGUAUUUAAAAAUGCAAAAGAAAUAUUGUCUUUCAAAAUUUGUUUUUCAAAACUUAUUUUCGAAAAUGAAUUGAAUGCGCAUUAUUGACACAAAAACCGCUAUGAAUCUCAAAAACCUAAAUGAAUGCUCGAACAAAGUCAAAUUACUCGCUU